CGGUGGGCGGGGCCUCGGCGGCGCUUCCCGCCGGCAAAAGUGCGGCGGGCGCCGAACUUCGGCCAAACUUUCCCCGCGCCGCCGCCGCCGCCCGGUCCCGGUCCCGGUCCCGGUGUCCCGGUCCCGGUGUCCCGGUCCCGGUCGCGGCCCCCCGGCCAUGCCCCGCCGCGGCUGACACCGCCGCCAUGUACUCCCCGUACUGCCUCACCCAGGAUGAGUUCCACCCGUUCAUCGAGGCGCUGCUGCCCCACGUCCGGGCCUUCUCCUACACCUGGUUCAACCUGCAGGCCCGCAAGCGCAAGUACUUCAAGAAGCACGAGAAGCGGAUGUCGAAGGAGGAGGAGCGCGCCGUCAAGGACGAGCUGCUGGGCGAGAAGCCCGAGGUCAAGCAGAAGUGGGCCUCGCGCCUCCUGGCCAAGCUGCGCAAGGACAUCCGGCCCGAGUGCCGCGAGGACUUCGUGCUCUCCGUCACCGGCAAGAAGGCGCCGUGCUGCGUCCUCUCCAACCCCGACCAGAAGGGCAAGAUCCGCCGCAUCGACUGCCUGCGCCAGGCGGACAAGGUGUGGCGGCUCGACCUGGUGAUGGUCAUCCUCUUCAAGGGCGUCCCGCUGGAGAGCACCGACGGCGAGCGCCUGGCCAAGGCGCCGCAGUGCGCCAGCCCCGGCCUCUGCGUGCAGCCGCACCACAUCGGCGUCACCAUCAAGGAGCUCGACCUCUACCUGGCUUUCUUUGUGCAGGCGCCCGACUCGGGACAAUCGGACAGCUCCAACCCCCAGGGGGACGCGGACAUCAAACCACUGCCCAACGGGCACCUGACCUUCCAGGACUGCUUCGUGACGUCGGGCGUCUGGAACGUGACGGAGCUGGUGCGGGUGUCCCAGACCCCCGUGGCGACGGCGUCGGGCCCCAACUUCUCGCUGGCCGACCUGGAGAGCCCGGGGGGGUACUACAACAUCAGCCCCGUCGCCCUCGGCCGCCGGCCCCUGGGCCCCCCCACCGCCAGCGGCCCCAAACGCCCCAAGGCGCUGGACGAGGGGGACCUGGAGGGGCCCGGGGACGACGUCUUCUACCCGGGGCCGGGCCGGUCGCCAGCCCCCGGGAGCAGCCAGGGGCCGUGGGGGGGGGACGUGGACACCGGCCCGGCGGCGCUGAAGAAGUCGGGGAAGCUGGAUUUCUGCAGCGCGCUCUCGGGGCACGGCACCAGCCCCCGCAUGGCCUUCGGCCACCACCCGCUGCCCGUCCUGGCCGGCGUCCGCCCCGGCAGCCCGCGGGCCACGGCCUCGGCGCUGCACUUCCCGUCGGGGUCGCUGCUGCCGCAGUCGGGGCCGUACUUCGCGCACCCCACCAUCCGCUACCACCACGGCCAGGACUCGCUCAAGGACUUCGUGCAGUUCGUCUGCGCCGACGGCGCCGCGCAGGGCCCCAGGUGA